AAUAUAAUAUAUAUUAUUUAUAAUUUUAAUGAGGAAUGUACAUGCUGCUUAAUUCUCGGCAAUGUCAGCUCUCGCAUGCCCGAGAUUGUCACCUGCUGCAGGCGUAAGCCACGGUCCUCUCUCCACCAUUUCCAAUUUCUCUCAUCUUUAUCCAUUUGUUAUUUCUCCGCUCCGCUUUUUCCCCCUGGCUCGAUCCAGUUCCAAAACUAUUCAUUUUCAGCAUCAUCCAUAUAAUUAUCAGCUCACGAGCUAGAUUUUCCUCAGCAGAUUAAUUAUCAGUUAGAUGAUUGAUUUGCAUAUAUUCUUCCUUUGGAUCUACGGUUAUCUGAUUGGUUGUGGAAUUUGUAGAAGAGAGAGGCAUUUGUUUGAUUAGAAUUCUAGCUCAAAUUUGGCCUUGGAUUGAGGAUGCUGAUAUCUUGUGCAUAAUUUGUGUACCUAAUUGUUGUAGAAAAAUGGGUUUUGUAAAUUAGAGGUGUUCUUUUUGUUUGUAAAUAUGUGUUGAAUGUGAUUGAGUCCUCACAAUUCGGUUGCAAACAGAAGAUAGGAUGGUAUUGAUGAGCAAAAGUGUGUUAGUUUUGAUUUGAAGUUUAAGCUAUUAGGCUUAGGAGAUGGUAGUUUUAGGUGUGGGGAUUAUUAGAUUUCGAUUGUGAGGUUGUGAAAGAUAGCUUAUAUGAGAACAGCUUGAUUAUGCAUUAUUGGUUCGUGGCUUGAAGAGAAAAAGAGUGGCUCAAGGAGCUAAGACAUUGUCUAUAUGCAAGCAAAUAGACCCAAAGAGUUGUUGGGGAACAUGAUCAGGGAGGUGCCUAUCCCGUCUAGUCAUUUGGUUCAGCAAGAAUCUACAUCUGUUGUUCUUAAUGUGGGAAAGAAUGUAAAUAAUAAUAACAUCUCUGUACAGACAGGUGAGGAAUUCUCCAUGGAGUUUCUUCAAGAGUGUGUUGGUACAAGAGCAAUUCUUGCUAUACCAGAUGGAGUUCAAAUACACGAGAAGAGAGUUGGGUUCAAUCAAAACCAGAAUCAUCAGUUGGGGUAUCAAGAUCUUGCCCGCAUUCUUGGGUUGAAAAGAAUGGACUCUGAGUGUGCUUCUGAGAUUUCUGAUUUUGCAUCUGCGAAAGGGUCUUUUAAAGGGAGUGAAAAUGGGUCUUGUAUUGAAAAAUCAAGUAGAUACCAGAAGGAAGAUGGUGAUAUUGGGCAAGUGUCAAGGAAGGGUUUUGGUGAAUUGAAUUGCAAUAAAAGCCAUCCAAAUGGUUUUGGACCAACUACUCCACGCAUUUAUGCAGGUGACUCUCCUAGUUCCAGCAGCUUUAGUGGGCAGGGAGUUUCUGAUGGAUCUCAAUCUGGGAAAAUGAAAUUUCUCUGUAGCUUUGGUGGAAAAAUAUUGCCUAGGCCUAGUGAUGGCAAACUCAGAUAUGUUGGGGGUGAGACGCGCAUUAUUUCCAUUCAGAAGAGUCUUUCUUGGGAAGAGCUUGUGAGUAAAACUUCAGAAGUUUACAACCAACCUCAUUCAAUCAAGUACCAACUUCCAGGUGAGGAUCUUGAUGCCCUUAUAUCUAUGUCUUCUGAUGAAGACCUUCAGAAUAUGGUAGAAGAAUACCACGGGCUUGGAAAGCUUGAAGGUUCUCAAAGACUGAGGAUAUUUUUUAUUCCUUUUGGUGAGUUUGAAAGUACAUCUUCCGUUGAGUCUGGCACCAUUCAGCAGAGCAAUCCUAAUUACCAGUAUGUGGUUGCUGUUAAUAGUAUAGUAGAUCCUAAUCCUAAAAGAACCUCUGAUGGGCAGUGUUUACCUAGUGAAGGAAAUCAACUAGGACCCAAUUUGGAUCAUAAACCUAGUUUCCACAAACGGUGCCCAACUUCAAUAACCUCAUUGGAGACUAAGGGUGGUUUUAAUGCCUUGCAUCCAUCUCAAGUGUUCCAUGAUUUCCCAAAUACUACCAGAUACCCACUUCCAUCUCCUCCUAUUUCUCCACUACCUUUCCAGCAUGGAGAUUCCAAAAGUGUUCAUGCACUACCAAUUGGCGAUAACUUCAGCAUUGAAAGCAACAGUUCUUUCAUUACAGCACACUUGAAUCCUGAGUACUGCAGCACAGAAACUACUAACUAUAAACAUGUUCAACAAGUUCCACCUACUUUGAUGAAUUAUAAUCACCCUCACGUAAAGGUUGAUGCCGGCCAAACAUUCCAAGCUUAUGGAGGGCAAUUGCUAAACCCUGAACUCAGCAAAGAUUCUUUGACUCUUUCAGUUUUAAACAAAAAUAAUAGUGAUUAUAAUGGUGUCUCGCAUGAGAGGUCUAUGCAUAAGGAAAUAUCGUUCCUUUCAGAAAAGCCUAUGUCACAUGCUGAAGCUCAGCUGAGUCUAUUGUCAGAAUCUGUUGAUUCCAUUGAUUCUCAACUUGGUAUGUCACAUGCAUUUUCUGAUUCAAAGCUACAAGAGUAUGGAGGGAGGUCUGCUUACUGUUCACAAGAAGGAAUGAGCCCAUAUUCUCCUUUAAAUUUUGCAAAGACUCAACCACCUUCCCUUAUUGUUUCAAAUGCUGUGCAGGAAAGGUUGAUGCAAUGGCAUGAUAACAUUGAUCUUAUGAAGCCCAGGGUAGAAAAUGAUUUGUCAGCUAUUGAAUCUACAUCAAAGUCAACACUGGAUAUAUUGAACUGUUCUCCAUAUCCUGAACCUUCUAUCAAGAAUGAAACUAUUCAUAAAGGUACUGGUGACAGUAAUGACAAGUGCCAAACAGCUAAAAUUGAUUUGAGUAAAUCAAGUUUUGUGACACCAAACAAUUAUGAUGAAUAUACUACAAGCUUGGAUUCCAGGAACAAAUCUGAUAAAUGUGAUGCAUUUCUUCAUCAAGGUGGGAAGCAUUAUGAGUGGAGAUCCCCUAUUAGCAGUAUGGAAUACAAUAAUAAAUCGUCUAAUGCAGACUAUGGCCAAACUUCUAUUGGUGGUAUUGAUUCUCGGGGAAAAAAUUCACAAGUCUCUCUGAAGAUGGCUACUUCAUCCUUAGUUAUAAAGAAUAACAUGGAGCAUCCACAGACCGUGGACAAAACCACCUUUGAUAUAGUUGACCAUUGUGGUUUUAAUGGAAAAGUAAUUGAUGGACGAGGGAACAUUACUUCAUGCACCUGGAACCUUGACUUACUUCCAAAGACCAGACAAGACUCAAGUAUUGAGAGUCCAAAAGGUGGUAUUAUCUAUGAGUCAUUAAAUGGCCCAAUGUCUCAUGAACGACCACCAUUGCAACGUGUUGCAAGUCGAAAGGAUAUAUCUAAAGAAGAUCAGAAUGCUGAGAAGAUCACCCUCAUAGUAUCAGUGCAUGAGAACUCAAUUGUAGAAGAUGUUACGGUUGCUCAGAUAGAACCCUCAAGCAAGAACAAAUGUCAAAUCCAACCAGAUCCUGUAGUUAUAUUGGAAGAUGUGAUCACUAGUGUGCCUUCUGGGGCUCAAGUUUCACCUGCAGUUGUCCCACAUGUGGAUGUAAUCAGCAAUGAUCUCAUAUCUCCUAUUGCAACAGAAUUGGAUGAUGUCAUUCUUGAAUAUGAGUCUGAGGAUGCUGCAGCUGAUAUUCGAGACAAAGAUGAGUCCUUCAGUGAUGCCAUGAUAGCUGAAAUGGAAGCCAGCAUCUAUGGCUUGCAGAUUAUCAAAAAUGCUGACCUUGAAGAACUGAGGGAGCUAGGAUCUGGAACAUAUGGAACUGUUUAUCAUGGAAAAUGGCGGGGAACAGAUGUUGCUAUAAAGAGAAUAAAAAAGAGUUACUUUUCUGGGAGAUCAUCUGAGCAGGACCGGCUGAUCAAAGACUUUUGGAGAGAAGCACAAAUCCUCUCAAAUCUUCAUCAUCCAAAUGUGGUUGCAUUUUAUGGAGUAGUACCAGAUGGAACUGGAGGAACCUUGGCAACUGUAACUGAAUAUAUGGUAAAUGGAUCACUUAGGAAUGUCCUACUUAAGAAGGAUAGCUCACUAGAUCGUCACAAAAAGCUUAUAAUUGCCAUGGAUGCAGCUUUUGGCAUGGAAUACUUGCACUCUAAAAACAUUGUCCAUUUUGAUCUGAAAUGUGACAAUUUGCUUAUCAAUUUAAGGGACCCACAACGACCCAUAUGCAAGGUUGGAGAUUUUGGAUUAUCAAGAAUCAAGCACAAUACUCUUGUUUCUGGAGGUGUGCGAGGAACCCUGCCAUGGAUGGCACCAGAACUGUUAAAUGGUAGCAGUAGCCGAGUUUCUGAAAAGGUUGAUGUGUUCUCAUUUGGAAUCUCAAUGUGGGAAAUCUUGACUAGGGAGGAGCCAUAUGCCGAUAUGCAUUGUGGUGCCAUUAUUGGGGGGAUAUUGAAGAACAGUCUUCGACCUCCUAUUCCAGAGCAUUGUGAUCCCGAUUGGAAGAAGUUGAUGGAACAAUGUUGGUCUCCUAAUCCUGAAUCUAGACCAUCAUUUACCGAGAUAACAAACAGGUUGCGAUCCAUGUCUAUGUUGCUUCAGCCCAAGGGACAUAACAAUCAGGCAAGACAAGCAAGGCCUAAUGUUACAGCUUGAGUCAAUCAUUAUACACGAGUAUCUGUUUUAUUUACAAGUACACCUCUGAUCUUCAAGGAUGAACAUGAAUAGUGUUUGAUCAUUGAUGGCCAAAUUUUUUUCCCUCUUCUCACCUUUAUUAAUAAAGAUAUCUUGAUUUGUUUAUUCUUUUGUAAUAGAGUACCUGAGGUCAUAGUAAGAGGGCAUUUAUAGAGUUGUCCAACUAGUUUACUGUGGAUGAUUUUGUUGGAAAAUAACAUGUCUUUAUGUAUAUACACUCAUUCAAAAAGAAAAAAAAAAGAGGGCAUUAGGUUAGAGUUGCUUUGGUCUAUCUCCUUUCUUUAAUGGUUUCUACAUCUUCAUUAUUUUCUUGGUGGUGCUUUAUGAACACAUAUGGUCUGAAAUAUAUAGCUAGAAAAUUUCUAUGCAACAGUACUUGUAAAAAGCCUAGCAAGUAAAGUUGUUCACUUGUUCUA